GUUGUUAACCGCUUUAAUUAUCCACGGGUUCACUUCUUUCAUCUCUUCUUAAUUUGUAAUUUUCUCCUCUUCUUCAAACCUAAAACCCUGAGGCCUGAACCGAUCAAAAGCAUCUAAUUUUCCAGAAAAAGAUAUCUGAUCAUUCAUUUUAAUUUCCCCUUUUUCUGGGAAGAUUAUUAUCAUAAAUCGAAUCCCUAAUUCCCUUUUCUCUGAGAAUUUAAAGCAGAAUUUCGUUGAUAGACCGUGGAUUCUUUGAAUCACUCAAUUUGCUUUACUUUUUUUAUUUAUUUUUAUUUACUCUUUCUCUCUCUUUUUCUUCUGCAUUUUGCGUGCUUCGUACGGUCUAUCAACGCUUUCUCUGCUCUCCGUUCUCUCCAUUUUUUUAGUGAAUUUGGGGAUUUUUUAGGUUAAGUUGUUUGAUUAUUGAUUAUUGAUUAUUUGAUUAUUAUAAUUGUUUUUGUUGUUUAUUGGUGAUUUAUAGUAUGGAGGGAGGAAAUAAUGGUAAGGGUAAUUUGGAUGAUGUCAAGCCGAAUUAUUGGCUUGAUGCUUGUGAAGAGGAAGAUGAUAUGAUGAUUCCUUGUGAUUUUAUGGGCGAUUUUUCUGAUUUUGCGAGCUGUAAUCAGAGUGAAAUUACUGGUACUGGCAUUGAUCAGAGUUUUUUUGGUGGUAUUGAUCAUAUUCUUGAUAGUAUUAAGAAUGGUUCUGGUGUGCCUUCUAAUAAUAUUCAUACCCAUAAUGUUAGUGAUAGUAAUAAUGUUGGUAUGGAAAUUGAGAAUUUUGUUUUGAAUUCUGAUGCUGAGGGGGGGAAUUCUUUGAUUAGUGAUAAAGUUAUGGAUGAUGUUGAGAAUAAUGAUGGUAAUUUAGAAUUGUUAGUGAAUUGUGGUAAGGGGAAUAAUGGAGAUGUGGUGUUGCAGGGUGUUGCCAAUGGGGAUAAGGAUCGAGGUGGUGAGGAGAGGAAUGCGAAAAGGGCUCGUCUUAAUAAUGGUUUAAAAGAAAAUAAGGGGUAUUUGAGUCAUGGGCAAAGUUGUUUGAGGGAUUGUGAUAGGAAUGGAAGGAAAAGGGGUAGGGAGUUUGAGGAGGGUGGAAGGAGGGAUAGAGGUAGGGAUAGGGAUAGGGAGCGAGAGCGAGAGAGGGAUUUGAGUGGUAGGAGAAGGGGGUAUUACAAUGGGAGACGAGAGAAUCGGGAUAAAGAAUGGAGAGAUAGAGAAUCAAAGGGUUAUUGGGAGAGGGAAAAGCACGGUUCCAAGGAACUUGUGUUUCGUGAGGGUUCGUAUGAAGCUAUUCGAAAUACAGACAUGAAUAAGGUGGAGUCUGAGAAGAAUCAAGAUUGUAAUGGAAAGGUGGAGAAGAAUGAGAAUAAAGAAAAGAAUUUGGAGGAACAAGCACGAAAAUAUCAGUUGGAGGUUCUUGAGCAGGCUAAGCAAAAGAAUACUAUUGCAUUCCUUGAGACUGGAGCAGGGAAGACUUUGAUUGCUGUUUUACUUAUUAAAAGUAUCUCUAAUAGAUUGCAAUUGCAGAACAAAAAGGUGUUGGCUGUUUUUUUGGUGCCUAAAGUUCCCUUAGUUUAUCAGCAAGCAGAAGUUAUACGCGAGCAAACUGGUUAUAGUGUAGGCCAUUACUGUGGUGAGAUGGGUCAGGACUUCUGGGACACACGAAGAUGGACACGGGAGUUUGAAACUAAGCAGGUUUUAGUCAUGACUGCUCAAAUUUUGUUAAACAUACUAAGGCAUAGCAUAAUCAAGAUGGAAUGUAUACACCUCCUUAUUCUUGAUGAGUGUCACCAUGCCGUAAAGAAGCACCCAUAUUCACUAGUGAUGUCUGAAUUUUAUCACACAACUCCAAAGGAGAAAAGACCAGCUGUUUUCGGGAUGACUGCUUCCCCUGUUAAUUUAAAGGGUGUUUCCAGCCAAGUAGAUUGUGCAAUCAAGAUACGGAAUCUAGAGACUAAGCUGGAUUCUGUAGUUUGUACAAUCAAAGAUCGUAGAGAGCUGGAAAAACAUGUUCCAAUGCCAUCAGAAAUUGUCAUGGAGUAUGACAAAGCGGCUUCAUUGUGUUAUUUACAUGAACAGAUUAAACAAAUGGAAGUGGCAGUUGAAGAAGCGGCACGAGCAAGUACCAGGAAAAGCAAAUGGCAGUUUAUGGGAGCCAGAGACGCUGGAGCCAAAGAAGAACUACGCCAAGUCUAUGGUGUAUCUGAAAGAACUGAGAGUGAUGGUGCUGCUAAUUUGAUUCAAAAAUUGAGGGCUGUUAACUAUGCCCUCAGUGAGCUGGGGCAGUGGUGUGCUUACAAGGUUGCGCACAAUUUUUUAGUAGCCUUGCAAAAUGACGAGAGGGCACACUACCAGCUUGAUGUCAAGUUCCAAGAAUCCUAUUUGAGCAAAAUUGUCGGACUUCUACAGUGUCAGAUAUCGGAGGGAGCUGCUUCCAACAAGGACACCAAAAGUGCAGAGGAAAAUGUUGGCUGCCAUCAAGUCAACAGCAAUGCUGAUGAGAUUGAGGAGGGAGAGCUUCCUGAUUGUCAUGUUGUCUCUGGUGGAGAGCAUGUUGAUGUCAUCAUUGGAGCAGCUGUUGCUGAUGGGAAGGUCACCCCCAAGGUGCAGUCAUUGGUAAAAAUAUUGAUGAAGUAUCAGCACACCAAUGAUUUCCGUGCAAUCAUAUUUGUUGAGAGAGUUGUGGCUGCCUUGGUUCUUCCAAAGGUUUUUGCUGAGCUUCCAUCGUUAAGUUUUAUCAAGUGUGCAAGCCUAAUUGGACAUAACAAUAGUCAAGAAAUGCGGACAUCACAAAUGCAGGAUACAAUUGCUAAAUUUCGAGAUGGUCGUGUUACUUUGCUAGUUGCCACCAGUGUUGCUGAGGAAGGUCUAGAUAUUCGGCAAUGUAAUGUAGUGAUUCGUUUUGACCUUGCAAAAACCGUUUUGGCUUACAUUCAAUCUAGGGGUCGUGCAAGAAAACCAGGAUCAGAUUAUAUCUUAAUGGUCGAGAGGGGGAAUCUUUCACAUGAAAUGUUCCUAAAGAAUGCUAGAAACAGUGAAGAGACUUUACGUAAAGAAGCGAUUGAGAGGACUGAUGUUAGUCAUCUUAAGGGUAGUUCAAGAUUGGUUUCAGCAGAAAAUGCCCCAGGUUCAGUGUACCAGGUACCUUCAACGGGGGCUACUGUGAGCUUGAAUUCUGCUGUUGGCCUCAUCCAUUUUUAUUGUUCGCAAUUACCCAGUGAUAGAUAUUCAAUACUUCGUCCGGAAUUUAUCAUGGAACGGCAUGAGAAGCCAGGUGGGUCAACGGAGUAUUCAUGUAGGCUUCAACUUCCUUGUAAUGCCCCUUUUGAAAAACUUGAGGGCCCAGUUUGCAGUUCAAUGCGUCGUGCACAACAGACUGUUUGUCUGGAUGCUUGCAAGAAGCUUCAUGAGAUGGGGGUGUUUACUGACAUGCUAUUGCCCGACAAGGGAAGUAGUGAAGAUGGAGAAAAAAUUGAGGUGAAUGAUUUAGGGGAACCACUUCCAGGAACAGCCAGACACAGAGAAUUCUACCCUGAAGGCAUAGCCUCGAUCCUCCGGGGGGAUUGGAUCUUAUCUGGCAGAGAUGUUUUUGGUGACUCCAAAGUAAUUCGUCUAUACAUGUAUGCUGUCAAAUGGGAACAUGUUGGGUCCUCAAAGGAUCCAUUUGUUACCCAAGUUUCAGAUUUUUCAGUACUUUUUGGCAGUGAGCUGGAUGCAGAGGUGUUAUCGAUGUCGAUGGAUCUCUUUAUCGCUCGAACCAUGAAGAGUAAAGCAUCGCUUGUCUUUCGGGGUUUGAUAGAUGUCACGGAAAGCCAGCUAGCAUCCCUAAAGAGUUUUCAUGUGAGAAUGAUGAGCAUUGUACUUGAUGUGGAUGUUGACCCUUCAACAACUCCGUGGGAUCCUGCAAAGGCUUAUCUCUUUGUACCUAUGGUGGGCGAUAAAUCUUUAGAUCCUUUAGAAGAAAUAGACUGGGAUCUUGUUCAGACUAUAACAAAGACAGAUGCGUGGAACAAUCCCUUACAAAGGGCUCGGCCAGAUGUUUACUUGGGAACAAAUGAGCGGAGUCUAGGUGGGGAUAGAAGAGAAUAUGGGUUUGGGAAACUGCGGUAUGGUAUGGCAUUUGGGAAAAAACCUCAUCCUACUUAUGGUAUUAGAGGAGCAGUUGCACAGUAUGAUGUUGUAAAGGCUUCUGGAUUAGUUCCUGACCGGGAUUAUGAUUCUCAUACCAACUUCGAUAUCCCUAACGGAAUGUUGAUGUUAGCUGAUACCUGCGUUAAUGCUGAUGAUUUGGUGGGAAAAAUUGUGACUGCUGCACACUCUGGAAAGAGGUUUUACGUGGAUUCUGUACGUUAUGAUAUGACUGCAGAUAACUCAUUCCCUAGAAAAGAAGGAUAUCUAGGGCCCUUGGAGUAUAGUUCAUAUGCAGAUUACUACAAACAAAAGUAUGGAGUCGAAUUGCUCUAUAAGAAACAACCUUUACUGAGAGGUCGUGGUGUUUCAUAUUGCAAGAAUUUGCUUUCCCCAAGAUUUGAGCAUUCAGAUGAACAUGAGGGUGAAUUUGAGGAAAUCGUUGACAAAACUUACUAUGUGUUUCUACCUGCUGAAUUGUGUUUCUUACAUCCACUUCCCGGAGUGCUGGUUCGAGGUGCCCAAAGACUGCCAUCAAUAAUGAGACGGGUGGAAAGCAUGCUUCUUGCUAUUGAACUUAAGAAUAUCAUCAAAUAUCCUGUCCCUGCUUCUAAGAUUCUGGAAGCUUUGACCGCAGCCUCUUGUCAAGAGACAUUUUGUUAUGAAAGAGCCGAACUCCUAGGAGAUGCUUAUUUGAAAUGGGUCGUUAGUAGAUAUCUUUUUCUUAAAUAUCCCCAGAAACACGAGGGUCAGCUCACACGGAUGAGACAACAAAUGGUAAGCAAUUUGGUCUUAUACCAUCAUGCACUGGAGAAAGGGCUUCAGUCGUAUAUCCAAGCAGAUCGCUUUGCUCCAUCUAGGUGGGCUGCUCCUGGUGUUCCUCCAGUUUUUGAUGAGGACACCAAAGAAGAGGAAUCAUCUUUAUUUGAUCAGGAAAAAACUAAUUUAAAGAUUGAUCAUGAAAGAGUCAAUAAUUAUGAUGUUGACGAUGAUCAAGAAAUGGAAGAUGGUGAAGUUGAAGGUGAUUCAAGCUCUUACAGGGUACUUUCUAGUAAAACAUUGGCUGAUGUUGUUGAAGCACUAAUUGGAGUUCAUUAUGUCGAAGGCGGAAAGAACGCCGCUAACCACUUCAUGAAAUGGAUUGGAAUUGAUAUAGAGUUUAAUCCUGAAGAUAUUGAAUGUCCAAAGAGGCCAAUUAUGGUUGCAGAAGGUGUUCUUAGAAGUGUGGAUUUUGAUACAUUAGAAGGUGCUUUAAAUAUUAAGUUUAAAGAUAGGACUUUGUUGAUUGAAGCAAUUACGCAUGCUUCACGCCCGUCUUCUGGAGUUGCAUGCUACCAGCGGCUUGAGUUUGUGGGUGAUGCAGUUUUGGAUCAUCUAAUAACUAGGCAUCUGUUCUUCAGGUAUACAGAUCUGCCUCCAGGCCGUCUGACAGAUCUGCGCGCUGCAGCUGUUAACAAUGAAAAUUUUGCCCGGGUUGCCGUCAAACAUAAGCUUCACCUGCAUUUGCGGCAUGGGUCUACUGCCCUGGAGAAGCAGAUACGGGAUUUUGUGAAGGAAGUUCAAGAGGAGUUGUUAAAACCUGGUUUUAAUUCCUUCGGAUUAGGAGAUUGUAAAGCCCCGAAAGUACUUGGUGAUAUUGUUGAAUCGAUUGCUGGAGCUAUUUUUCUUGAUAGCGGACAUGACGCAACAGUUGUUUGGAGAGUUUUUGAGCCUUUGCUUCAACCAAUGGUUACUCCCGAUACACUUCCCAUGCAUCCUGUCCGAGAGUUGCAAGAAAGAUGUCAGCAGCAGGCUGAAGGCCUGGAAUAUAAGGCCACUAGAGAAGGGAAUUUAGCCACUGUUGAAGUUUACGUCAAUGGAAUCCAAGUUGGAGUCGCUCAUAAUCCACAGAAAAAGAUGGCUCAGAAAUUGGCCGCUCGGAAUGCUCUGCUUGUUUUAAAGGAGAAAGAAACAGCUGAAGCUAAGGUCAAGGCUGAGGAGAGCGAGAAAAAAAACAAGAACAGUGUAGUAACAUUCACAAGGCAAACACUGAAUGAUAUAUGCUUACGUAGAAAUUGGCCCAUGCCACUCUAUAGGUGUGUGAAUGAAGGAGGCCCUGCUCAUGCCAAGCGGUUCACAUUCGCAGUUCGGGUAAAUACCAGUAGUAAAGGUUGGACCGAGGAAUGCAUUGGAGAGCCUAUGCCUAGUGUUAAGAAGGCCAAAGACUCUGCUGCGGCUCUUCUUUUGGAACUGUUGAACAAACGGUAUUCCUAAUUGUCGUUCAGAAUUCGCUUGUACGCUUAAGGUUAGUAACCGCCUUGUUUAGGCGUACACCAGCUUUCUUUAGCUGAAAAUUUAGUCGUAUUAGUUAUUUAAUUUUGUAGUACAUGGUAGUAUCCUAAUUUAGCCUAUAAAUAAGUUAGCUCAUAAUUUUUUAAAGAAAAUUUUGUCUUUGUUUAAUCUAAUUGAUGUGAUGAUGAUAUUGGAUCAUACUUCACCAUUUAUAUAUUUAUAUGUAUUUGAUCAAAUAAGAAAGCUAUUUAAAGAAGGAUAAGAAGAACUUUGGUCAAUAUGUAUAAAAGAAAGAUUUAUUAUGUUAUGAAUUAAAAAUAUUUCUCAGAAAUGCUCUUUUAUAAAAAGUCCAACAGUGUAAGUUUUUCCUGCAUUAUAUUAGCCUUAGAUUUUAUUUUUUUUAUUUAUUUUUUUAUUUAUUUUUUUAUCUUAUUGAAAUUAAGUGUAUAUUACUUUUUAUCCUUCUUAUUUUGAAUAUUUUUCUUGUUGGAUGUUACCCCUACAUAUGAUCUUAGUUGUAGGAUGGUAAUGUUCACUUUUAUUGUACGUUAAUUAAAGAUUUAGGGCAUCUUUUCUAUUGAGUUAUAAGAGUAUUUUUAUUAAUUAUUGUUUUUGUGAUGCGACUAUGACUAGUAUUUUUGCAUUUAAUUCAUUUCUUUAGUUAGCUCAAUAGUUUUCUGUCUUAUAGAUUUGGGCUGUAGUCUGAUUUCUUCAGAAAUUUGUUAAACUCGUUCGGUUUAUUAGGUAAAUUGCCUUUUCAUUUGACUUUUUAGUUAACUUUUGACUUUAUAAUUAGUUAAACAAUUAAAAAAUAUUUGGUAAAUGAUUUUUAAAGGGUUCUAAGCAAAAAUUAAAACUUAUUAGGAAUAAUUUUUUUCAUUGACUUUUAGUUUUUUAAUUGGCUUUUGCCUUUUUACCUGCUUUUUCAAUAAUAAACAACUUACGACCAACUCUUAGUUUUUACCAAGCACCUUCAUAAUAGUCGGUUUUAACAGCCAAUAAUUCUAACUCAUCAAAUGAGCCAUUUGCCAAACAGACUCUUAAUUUUUUUUUUUAGAUUUUUCUAACUUAAAGUUGGAGAACUUCAAAAAUCUUUGUUAAAGUGAGCUUACGUUCUAAAUUCCUCUAAAGUUGUGUUUGGGAGCAAAAAAUUUA